GCCGCUAACGGCUCGGCGCUCCGCUGCGGGUGUGACGGGCUCCCGGCCCGUGCUUAGAGGCCUGCGAUCACGAUGUCCACCGCCAUGAACUUCGGGACCAAGAGCUUCCAGCCCCGGCCCCCAGAGAAGGGCAGCUUCCCGUUGGACCAUUUCGGUGAAUGUAAAGCUUUUAAAGAAAAAUUCAUGAAGUGUCUUCGUGAUAAUAAUUUUGAAAAUACUUUGUGCAGAAAUGAAUCAAAAGAAUAUUUAGAAUGCCGAAUGGAGAGGCAGCUAAUGGCACAAGAAUCACUGGAAAAGCUGGGAUUUAAAGAUCUAAUGGAUGAAAAAUCAGAAGCAAAAAAGAACUUGUAAUGGGAGGAAGACAAUUGAAUUGCUUCUCAUAGGAAUCCUCUGUAGUGCUACAUGUUGUACCUUCUCUCUUUAAUUGUUCCCACCAUCUGUAAGAGAUUAAUAUUUGACUCUGAUUGAUAUUAAAAUCUUACUUAGGAAAGGUGCUUUGUUUGAAGGAUUCCCUUUUUUCAAUACUUAUAACGAAGAGGUAAGAAGAAACCAAAAUGAUGUUACCAUGCAUUGCUAAUAUCAAUCCAUGGGGUAGAGUGUAAUCCUGACAUUAACCAAAGUUAGGGGAAAAUGUUUACUUUUGUAAAGUAAAUUUAACCUUUCAGGGUAAUCAUUUGGUAAAUUAUCUCUUUUUAGAAGCUUUCCUAAAAAGUUUAUGGGGUUUGGAUUUAUUGGUUUUUUUGGUUUUUUUGUUUUGGCCAAUAUGUGAGUUUUUCUUCAUUUCAGUUAUAGGCCCAUAAUGUGAAAUAAGAAUGUUAUAUGUGAUUUGAUAAAAAUAUUUGUAAAUACAUGGCUUUUAUCUUCUGUAAA